CAGUACCAUACUGAAAUGUAUUCUUCCUGUUCCCAGGUGACGUUCCUGUGCAGUACCAUACUGAACUUUGAGGGCCUGCGGAUGCGGACCCCUGAGGCCCUGAGCAUGGACUCUGCUCUGUUUGAGCUGCUGAAGAGGUGCCAGCAGACCUGCUCCUACGCUGCCCAGUUCAACACCUCCGUCUCCUCCAUAGAGCUACAGCUGCUGCACAGACUGAGCCCGGCGUUGGAGCUGCCCAUCGGCAGCCCUGAUUGGCUAGCUUGUGCCCAGAAGCAGCUGGACCAGGAGCUGGCUACCCAGGGUGCUGUGCAAGAGGAGCGUGAGCAGCAGCUGGAUGUCGCCACGGAAACACUGCAGCUAUUGGUGGACAGCAUCAAGGGCAUCCUGUCCAAUCACAACCGCCAGCUGGCUGACGUCAAACACCUUCUGAGGGCCAUGGCCAAGGACGAGGAGAACGCGCUGGCGGAGGGUGAGGAAGUGAUCUACGAGGGCAGCGUGCGCCAGUUCCUGUUGGAGUACAAGGCGUGGCAGGACAACGUGCAGAUCGUGCUGUUCACUGUCGUCCAGGCAACGGGCCAGCCCCGAGGCGGAGGAGCCAGUCAGGAGGGGGUGGAGCUACUGCAGGAGAUACCUGCUACCCUGAAGGAGCUACACACACAGAGCACCAGUGUGUAUAACGGCCUGGUUGGCUUUGCGUCUCCGUUGGUGACAGAGAGGGGUGGAGACUGUUCCAGCCCCACCUCUACAGCUCAGACCAGCUUCGCUGCAGCGGUGAGGUGCAGCGGUGUGAAGACUCAGACGGACUCAAUGUCCCAGAAUUCACGCAAGCUCCUCCCCCGUAACCUUGGCACCCCGGCAGACACCCCCCAGCGCUCAGACGAUGACCAGCAAGGGUCUAAAUCCCAGCCCCAAACGGGCUGUACGCGACCCCAAGACGGGACGAGCUGUCCAGGAGAGGAACUCGUACGCGGUGAGCGUGUGGAAGAGGGUGAAAGCCAAGCUGGAGGGGAGAGACGUGGACCCCAGCAGGAGGAUGAGUGUCACUGAGCAGGUGGACUGUGUGAUAAAGGAGGCCACCAAUGUGGACAACCUGUCCCAGCUGUAUGAGGGCUGGACAGCCUGGGUGUGAAUGGGGUCUCCCUGUGGUGCAUCUCUUUGGUUCCAGCACACAACAGAGCCUCGCAGAGGGAGGGUUAGCCAUCCAACCCAACCUCCAGACCAGACACCCGGAUACGUACAUACCCUGUUACCCACCUGCCCUGUUCUGGCAGGGUUAGGGUUAGGUGUGUCUGUCUGGGCCUGGGGGGUGAAGGAAGGAGAGGAGGAGCCACUGGAGCAGCAGCACCCAACCGUGCCACACGCUGAUGGGGAAAGGAGGAGGAGGGGGGUUCAAGAUACUCCCCCACCCCAAUAUAACCUCCUAGGGGUCCACCAUGGAACCCCUACUCCUGUACCGUAGCAGCACUAGAGCUGUCUGUCUGCCUGGCUGAUUGGCUGGCUAAACCCAGUCCCACCCAACCUGCCACCUGGCUAUAGACCAAGCUAACACAACCAGCUAAAGGGUCACUCUGCAGUCUGUCUGCAGCCAGAUCUGACCACUCUGCUUGUCUGUACGGGGUGGGGGGUCUGUCUGAGACAGGAAGGGGAGCAGAGGUAUUGGUAGGGAAGGUAUGGUGAGAAGGCCCUCCCCUCUACACUAUGUUUUGAAUAACCUUUACCCUCCCCUAAUGAAAACCACCACCCUCCACUCACUGUUACCACCGACGACAACCCCCCUUUAACAGCUGAGCUGGUUUACCCAGCAAUGCCGUUGGUUUUGGACCUCAUUCAAAGGGGCGGAGAAAGGGGAGGCUUUGCCAGGUGUGGUCUGAAGAGCUGAUUGGCUGCACCUGUUUUGAAACCAAUCUCCCUGAUGGUACAGUGAUUCUGAUUGGCCAGCGACUGAGCUGCGUGAGUUGUGACUGGGCAGGUGUGGAGUGGGGGGGGGAGAAUCUGUUGGCUCAGUGGGACUCCAUCCAAAGCCUGAGAGGGGAAAUGAUUUCAGGAAAUAAAAUAGUGUAAUCAGACUGUCUUUCUUUCUUUUUUUUUCUUCUCUAAAACAUUUAUUGAAACACUGAAGAAAAAAAAUACUUAUUUUACAAAGCUCUUUAGAAAUUGUGUAUCACACAAGUUUGACAUUAUAAAUGGAUUAUCAAAUGGAGAUGGGUUUUUUUGGGGGGGAGAAGAUUCACAGUCGUGUGGCGUUCUCUUUUUAUUCAUAUGUUUCGGCACUGCGUAACGAUGUGCCUCAAGUUAACUAAUCCUAUUGUCUGAAGUUACCAUAUUUUUUUUGAGGGGAGUUCAGAUUUCGGGAUUGACUGAGAAAGGAUGACAAAGUGGACAAAGUUCUAGCUAGUUACUAUCUGAACCCUUGGUUUACGUCCCAAACAGCACCAUAUCCUCUAUACAGUGCACUACUUUUGACCAGAGACAUAUAUGGGUCAAAGGUCGUGCCCUAAAUAGGGAAUAGGAUGCCAUUUGGAAUGCAAGCCUUGACCUGAGAGAAAUCCAUGUAAUAAUCAUUUUUCUUCCAUGUGAAUCUUUAUUCAUAUCUGUUGUAUUUUGUAGGCUUCUCUCCUCCCUGUCCCUUGUUUAUAAAAUAGAAAAGCUUUAGACUAGAUUGAUUCCUUUUUUUGACUUGCUGCCUUGCCUGUGAGUUAGUAGUAGUAGUAGUAGUAGUAGUAGUAGUAGUAGUAGUAGUAGUAGUAGUAGUAGUAGUAGCCUUCCUUCCUGAUAUGGGAUGUAUACUCUCCCAGCUUGUGUUUUACUGAUCUUUACUGACUGACCCUCUAGUUUUACCUUUUUAGUGGGAGAAAUAAGUAGAAUAGAUAAGUAAAGGAGUAGUGGAUGGUUUUUUUGAUUAUAGUGCAGAACUGCUAUUUCUUAAAAGUUUUAUUGGAUUUAGUUUGAAAUAAAAUUGCAUUUAAAAUGGU